ACUCGAAGCCAAACGGGCAAAAUUAUCAGUUUAAAAAAACAGGUCCAGCACCUCUCCAGGUCCCGGUUUUACACAAAACAGUGGUUUUUGGUUCAAAACAAAAAAAAAAGGGAAAGAAAGAGGAAAACGGCAGAACUAUGAGCCCAUGUAAAUCAGUGAGGGGCGCGUUUUAUGGGCUAUUAGUAUUGAUAGUUCACAGCGUGGUUGUGAUAAGCGCGGACUUUUCCUAUGAUGAUCCCGAUCGCUGGGCGGAAACGGAUCCGGCUUGCGGUGGAUCGCGCCAGAGUCCGAUCGACAUCGUAGCGAGUACGACGGUGGCUGCUCCGGCGCACGAGCACAGCUUGAAGCUGCACGGUUUCUACCGAAAACCCGUCUCGAUUCGGGUGGAAAACAAUGGCCACACGGCGCAGUAUACGUUUGUCUGGAGCAAGGACAGCCACCGACCGACCGUUACGGGUGGCCCGUUGGGCCGUGAGCUGUACGCAUUCGAACAGUUCCACUUCCACUGGGGCGCCGAGGAUGACCGUGGUUCGGAGCAUACGUUCGACGGACAGGCCCUGGCGCUGGAAGUGCACUUUGUCUUUUUCAACCGGGAGUAUGGCACGUUCGAGAAGGCCGUCGACCAACCGGACGGAUUGGCUGUCCUGGGUGCGCUUUACAGUGUACGAGGGGACAAGGCCAAAGGCGACGCGAAAUGGGCACGGCCACUCGGCAAAAUACGGGAUGCCGGCUCAGCGACCACCGUGGAAGGGAAGGACGUAUUCAGUUUGAGUGAGGUGGCGGGCGGUGAGUGGGAACGAUACUACUCCUACCCGGGCAGCCUCACGACCCCACCCUGCGCCGAAAGUGUAACCUGGAUUGUGCGCAACGGAUCGAUCCCGGUGGCGCCCAAGGAUCUGCGCGCACUGCGGAACCUGCUCGACUCCAACGGUGAACCACUGGUCGAUAACUUUCGUCCAGUGCAACCCCUCAACGAUCGUACAGUCACGCGCUACGGAUUCUAAUUACCUCGACACCCACGAUCCCUGCCCUGUCCUCCGCAUGAAGCCUGGAGCAACUGCACUAAUCAUUCCUUGCUCGGCCCCAACAUGAAGCACUAUACCGACCGACCGACCAACGGACCGAUUGGAAUUCCGCCAGCUGGGUCACGGAUAUGAAUGAUUCCAAGACCCUCCCAGAGGGAAGUAGAACAUACACAGCGAGGGGGUAGGCGGGGGUCUUAGACAGUUUCGCGUGCAUGGAACGCGGAGAUAAACUGGUUAUGGUCGAGUUUGUUUCCUUCUUGUAGGGGUGUCAGGGUGCGAGUGUGGAGGUCAGUUACGUUGGGAGUGGCAAACGGAGAGGCGGCUUUCGUUUCACGGUCAUUUAUUAAUCAACAGUUUUCGGACAGCCUGUGGGAGCUGGCCAGCAAGGCCUCUCUACUAGUAACAGGACACUCUAGAAGGGAACAGAGAGAGAGAGAGAGAGAGAGAGUGAGAGGUUGGGAGAAAGAAGCGGAAACCACUACAUCGUAGCUACUGUUAUUUGGGCAUUACGCAAAAAUUAUCAAUAAAACAGU